GUAUCAGUCUCAAACCGUCAAACGUGCUUUGAAAUAACAAAAUGCAAGUGCAACUUUUCAGUUUUGUCCUUUUGGCAGUAGCUGCCGCAGUUUUGGCAGUACCGUCGGUCAUUGUUGAAGAUGAAGAAGGCCAGCAGUACUAUUUGACACCAGUAUUAAGUCGUGAAAGAAGACAAGCUCAAGGAUUUGGACAAGGCGGCGGCAACGGAAAAACUCAAGGUGGUUUUGCUGGAUUCAACAAUCCCAAUGGAUCCGGAGGAAGUGUUGGUUAUGGUCACGCCAACGGUUAUGGACACACUUUAAGUGUAGAUGGUAGAGUACCGGUUUGGUCAAACAAAAACCGAUUUGGCGAGUCUACUUUGAAUGUCGGAGGUGGCGCUACUCACCAUUUCGGAGGCCCGGGAGGCAGUCAAAACUUGGACAAACGUGUCGGAGUUAAUUUUAAUCAUAGAUUCUAAUUUUGUAUAUAAUUGUUUGGAUAAAAGUUGCAAAAUAAGUACCUACAUGAUGUUUUAUACCUACCUUCCUUUGAGAAAAAGCUUGAAAGCUGAAAAGUCUUAAUUGGGAAUCCAGUUUUAUUUCUCGUUUAUAGAGAAACUAUAUCCGC